AAACACCCGUUUUUGCAGAAAUUGCAGGAAGUAAGACACCCUCGGUAAGGUGCAAGCUUCCAUUUCCUCUUUAGUGAUGAGAACUGCUGUGGGAAACAUGUACGACCGCACUGGCUCCCAUCUGCUGUCCUUCUUCGGGCUGAUUGCGUUGUUGCAGCCUUUCUGCCUGGCCUUUAACAUUGACACGGCGGACCCCAGCAUCUACUAUGGAGAUGGAAAUGGUUUCUUUGGACACAAGGUGCUGCAGGUCACCGCUGGCGAAUACAAAGGGAUUUUGGUCACUACUCCCUUGCAGCAAAAUGGUUCAGGAACAGUCUGCAGAUACAUGAAACACACAAACAGCUGCUUCACCCCUCAAGAGGCCAUGCCAGGCAGGCUGUUCGGAUGGUCAAUCGCUGAGGAACCAACUCGGUCGAGAUUCACGAUCUGCAGUCCGAGUGUGGCUCAUGAAUGCUAUGAUAACUCCUACCUGAGUGGACAGUGCUACCAACUCGAUGCAAAACUUGAGUCUGUGUCGCCGAGUUUCAAACCUGCUUUUCAAGAUUGUACAAAGAAAACAGUGGACCUCGUCUUUCUAUUUGACGGCUCUGGGAGUAUGACGAAGGAUGAAUUCAACAAGAACAAAGACUUCAUUGUGGAUAUCAUGAACAGCAUCAAGAACACCUCCAUCAAAUUUGCUGCAGUCCAGUUUUCGUCACAGCCUAGGAAAGUGUUCGACUUCAACGAUUACCACAGCGGGGAGGCCACGAAGCUACUGAGGAACGAGCCGUUCAUGCGGUCUCUCACCAACACGUACCGGGCGCUGCAAUACACGCUGGACGAACUCUUUGAGAACCAGGCGGCGGGGGCCUCUCCCGACGCCACCAAGGUCCUGGUGACCAUCACAGACGGGGACCCCAGCGACAGAGACAGGAAUGGGAUUGUGAAGAAAUAUGAUGAGAAAGAAAUCAUACGCCUUGUGAUUGGGGUCAAAGAGGUGAAGCUGGACAACCUUUACGCCAUCGCCUCAGAGCCCAAGACCGUGAACACUUUUCACAUCAAUAACUACAACGGACUCGCCGGAAUCCUGAAGAACUUUGAAGAAAAGAUCUUUAACAUAGAAGAUUCUCGAACGGCACUUUCUGAAAAACUGCAGUAUGAAAUGUCUCAGAGUGGGUUUAGUAGUGUCUACCACAAGGGUGCCUUGGUGCUGGGUUCGGUGGGGUCUAAAGACUGGCGUGGCUCGCUGUAUGAACGGGACGGGGCAGAACCAGGGAUACACAUUGAGGACCCUGACAUGAAGCACAGCUCCUACAUGGGCUACUCUGUGGCUGCUGGAGAAAAGGAUUCGGUGUCUCUGUACUUCACCGGGGCACCGCGGUACAAACACACAGGAGAGGUGGUGGUCUUCAGAAAGACGGACAACACUUGGAACGUGCUGCAAAGAGUGACCGGAGAACAGAUUGGCUCAUACUUUGGGGCGGAGCUGUGCCUGGUAGACGUCCAAUCAGACGGCCACGUUGACUUCCUCUUGGUGGGUGCGCCCAUGUUCCACUACCCUCAGGAGAAGAGAGAGGGGCAGAUAUACAUCUACAAACUGACCAAGAAGCUGGAGCUGGAGAGCGUGCUGAACGUGACGGUGCCGUCGCGGGGCCGCUUCGGCACCACGGUCUCAUCCCUGGCCGACCUCAACGGGGACGGGCUCAGGGACGUGGCCGUCGGGGCCCCCCUGGAGGACGACCUCAGGGGGGCCGUGUACAUCUACCUCGGCCACCAACACACCGGGAUCCGCCCCGCCUUCAGCCAGAGGAUCACAGCCGAUCCAGGGAACGCCCGGAUCCGUUUCUUCGGCCAGUCGGUGGACGGCAGCGGCGACCUGGGGGAGGACGGGCUGGCUGACCUGGUGGUCGGCUCGCGUGGCGCUGUCGUCGUCUUGAGGUCCAAGCCAGUGGUGAACGUCAAGGCGCGUCUGCACUUUGAACCUGCAGAGAUAAGCACUGCCAGCAUCCAGUGUCCGAAUACCCAGACUGGGGCUGCUCUGCCCAUGGUCGUCCUCACCGUGUGCUUCGACUUGGCUGAAGUGACACGCAGUCGGACUGGAACUACGACCACGGGGCUGAACAUCUCCUACAGCCUGGAUGUGGAUCCUCUGAUCACAGCAGUCCGUGGGUUCUUCAGUGAAACAGGCAAACGAGAUCUUCAUCAGACUGUGGAGCUGGCGACCAAACACUGCUUCAAUCACUCCGUCAGCAUGCCGUUCUGUGUGUACGAUACGGUAUCACCCGUCGUCAUCAGACUGAACUAUGCUCAACAUGAAAGCGAGAAAGCCGCCAACAUCCUGAAUGCAGACAGCGCCACACAGACUGCCACUGAGGUCCCCUUCAAGAAGAACUGCAGAACCAACGACACCUGCAUAGCAGAACUGGAGGUGGACUUCACCUUCAACGCCCCGACGUUAGUGGUCGUCAACCACAACAACUUCAACGUGACCCUGAGACUGACCAACAAGGGAGACGACUCCUACAACACCAAACUCUACCUCUUCUACCCUCCCGGCCUCUCCUUCUCCAUGUUGAAUCGGUUAACGUCGAGCCGGCCGACGCUGCCGUCCUGUAAGGACCUGGAGGGGGUUCUCAACGAGACCAUCUGUGGGGUCAACCUCCCCGUGUACCACAGUGGGACCAACGCCACAUUUCAAGCUUUGUUCCGCGUUAUAGACUCGUAUGACUGGGACAGCGAAAUAUCAAUGACCAUUACAGGAAAGAGUGAUAAUAACAACUCCACCAUGAGCUCCAUGACCAAAUUCAUCCCUGUACAAUAUCAAGUGGUCUUAACAGUAGCAGUGCAUGAAGACACAAUAACCUACCUUAACUUCACUCUAGAAGAUCAGGCACCAAAGGAAGUGGUUGUCAUAUACGAGGUGAAAAACCUUGGUUUAAAAGAGUUGCCUGUUAAUGUGUCCGUCACCAUCCCUACAAAAAUGGAGUAUGACUUUGAAAUCAACAACUAUCGAGUGUAUGUUGAAAAGGGAAAACCAUGUGUGGAAACAAACAUGGCUGAUGCUUCAGAAAACUGCUUGUCUAACACAACCUGCACGACCAUGGUGUGUGAGCCGUUCUCUCUGGCCAGUUACAACACCACUAAGGUCAUUCUGUCCGGGAGCGUAUCAUUCAAGAACCUGGAGCAACUUGCAAAGGGCCGGUCACUGCUCAAACUAUUCAGUGGCGAAACACAAGAUGUGAUGUGGAGAAGCGCUGUAGAAGUGACCUAUGACAAACGCCGCUAUGUGCAAGAAUCGAACGAAGCCAGCUUUCCCAGAGCACGGCCUCUUAUCCGAGUUGAACUGAUCAUGGCUCCUGAUAUAAUACUCAUCGUUGCCGUGGGAUGCAGUGCAGGCCUGCUUCUUCUACUCUUCUUUGCUUUGCUCAUGUACAAAAUGGGGUUCUUCAAGAGGAAAACAAUGGAAUAUUACCAAGAGCAUGAUGAGACGAACGACGAGUGUUCGUCGCUGUUGGAGGACCCUGCAGGCCAGACGCCCGGAGCCCCUGCUGAAUCGGUCACUAAGGAAACCCCGGAGGAGAAGGCACUUCUCCAGGGUGCUGAUAUCCAGGAGCAGACUGCCAAGGGGAGCCAUCUUGGUUCCAGUGAAGGCCCAGGAGAAGACGCUGUCACAGAAGAGCCCCUCCUGGUUGGUUAGGAUUGGUCAAAUUUAGACGUCCCAUUCAUCAAUUGGAGCGGACAGCUUUGGGCUUUUCAAAAAAUAAAUGAAUUAUUUAUUUUUUGAACUUUAUUUAAUUAAAUAAAUUGAAUUAAAUCUGUGUGGUUAAAUGUGUAUGAACCGUUGUAAGUUGCUUUGGAUAAAAGCGUCUGCUAAAUGCUGUAAAUGUAAAUUGUAAAUGUAAAUCUUUGUUGAAUCCAAAAUUCAAGGUAUCACAAACCUCAAAUGCUUUGUUUAUAUUUAAUUUAGCAGAAUAGUGAUUAUGCACAUAUAUUAUAUUAUUAAAUAAAGACCAAAAAGCCACUCUCUGACUUUAAGUUCCUUAAGGUAAGCACUUUGUCUCCGUGUGCAGGUUUGUGAGCGAGACCUUGCUAGAACCUAUGUAUUGUGGUCAGAGUUAGUUUCUGUAGCUUAGUCUUCUCCUUCCGGUUUAUAUCUGGUGGCUGACAGAAGGAAGUGGUCUCAGAAGAACAGGAUGUGAAAAACGUGUGCACAUAUUCAUAGUAUAACUCAUGGAGGCCCAUGAGUUUUUGUUCUCUUGCCUUGAUUAAACUGCUUCAAUGAAAUGGCAACAAAUAUAUAUAUACUGUAUAUGGGAUUUGUACUCAUCAUUUGUGUAUUAUGAUUCACAACAAAACACCUUUUUAUUAAAUAAGUUUGGGAUUUAAAUAUUA